AUGGAAGAAGCUCUGGACGUCCCUUGGCCUCGGUUCGCCGGAGUUGACGUCGCCAGCGGCUUGGGGUCGUCGGGAUUUGGUCGGGAAAUCAAGUGGAAGGUUUUUGGUUAUUCUGGAUGGGGGUUGGUUUGGUUCGAGGCCCGGCUCUUCUGGAUUGAGGUUUCUGGGCUGCUGGUUCUGUCGGAGGUGUGUAUAUUUGAUCUGCCUUUUUUGGAUCGGGACGCUGGUGUUGCCAUGUGGUUCAAGGGUAUUUUUGUUUUCAUGUUCUUUCGUUUCCCGUCUCGUUCUAUUCUAUCUUUUUUGCAGGGUUGCGGUGGACGUUGUCCAAUUAGCACGGCGAGGAGGAUGGGAGGUUCUGUGGAAGGAGAGAGGGAAUUAGAUGGAGAAGCUUCCAGCUACAACGAUAACAAGGUGGUGUUCGCCGGAGAAGAAGAGAAUCAAACGCCGCCGCCAUCUCCUAUGCCGGAUAUGUUGAUUGAUUUGGAUGAAACAGCUGAAAAUUUGUUCUUUUCCGACGAAAAUGACGCCUUUCCUUCACUUGCUGACUUCCCGUGUCUCUCCUCUCCCUCUGCGUCGCCUUCUCUCUCAUCGGCUAUUUCCACUCAUCACAAUACUGUUCCCUACUUCUCCAUCAAAUCAUCAUCAACUACCUCCUCUGAAACGGGUCCCAUGCAGCCUCCGCCGCCGACGAUGCAGGCGUCAGCUGCCACAAGUGAAGACCCGCUUAUUCCCAUCGACGCCGGUUUUGAUAUUGUUGAGGAUGAAACAGAUAUAUGGGAGAACUGCACCGAAGAGCGUACUGAGUCCAUAUGGGAACCAUCCUCCUCCUUCUCGGGAGAAACGGCGACCGAAGAAAAGACGGGAUUUUUAUGCGGCGGAGAUGAUUGCUCGUCGGAGGAUUUAGCUAACGUUUUCUUGGACUGGUUGAAGAGAAACAAGGACUCGAUCUCGCCGGAAGAUCUUAGAAGCAUUAAGCUGAAGCGCUCAACAAUAGAGUGCGCUGCUCGACGUCUCGGAGGUGGAAAACAGGGCCGUGUUCAGCUUCUCAAACUUAUUCUUGCUUGGGUUCAAAAUCACCAUCUUCAGAAGAGAAGACGUCGAAGUCGCGGAUCAGAAACUAUAGGAAGAAGAGAUCAAGAAUUCUAUAACUAUCCUCCUCCUCCUCCUCCUAUUAGCUCCAGCCUUCCCUUUCCACAGGGAGCAGCGAAUUCUAAUCCAAAUAAUAUUGACUUGUACCACGAAGCUGUGCCUUGCAACUCUUGGAUGCCUUAUACAGGAGAGCCUUCUUUCCAGCCGACGAUGCCCGGUUACACAAGUGAAGCUGUGCCACCUAACUAUUACUACAACGACCAGGCUAAUUUCUCAGCUGAGCCAUGGCAGCAAGGUUUGUCACCGGCGGCCGUUCAUUACUCGCCGUUUGGACAGACUCCACGGCCGCCGCCGGUGGCAGCACAUUUCUUCCCAGUAUAUUACCCGGGGUUGAUGGCAUCGGCAACCAAAGAGGCUCGCAAGAAGAGGAUGGCUCGGCACAGAAGGUCGUCGUCCUCUCUUCACCAACAUAGAAGCCAACAACAAGAACAACAGAACCAGCAGCAGCAUAGUUCGGAUACAAUGGUUGUAGGAGAGGAAAUAACCUCUUCUGCUCACUCCAAUGUUAAUAAAGACAAUUCUAGCAACUGGCCUUUCUUGUCUUCUUUGCCGGCGCCUGAUAUUCCAUCUCUAUCGCCGGGAGUGCCUACUCCAUCUUCUGCAACAAUGGCGCAGACGCAACAAGAAAAUCAUCUACAUAGGCAUGCAUCAUCAGCUGGAGAUAGACGUUUGGAAGGAAUGAAGGCGGAAAAGAACUACAAAUUUUUGCUGCAGAAGGUGUUGAAGCAGAGCGAUGUGGGCAAUCUUGGAAGAAUUGUUCUUCCCAAAAAAGAAGCAGAGAUUAAUCUCCCAGAGCUUGAUGCUAGGGAUGGAAUCUCAAUUGAAAUGGAGGACAUUGGAACCUCAAGGGUAUGGAAUAUGCGUUACAGGUUUUGGCCUAACAACAAGAGUAGAAUGUACCUCUUGGAGAACACAGGGGAUUUUGUGAGAUCAAAUGGACUUCAAGAAGGAGAUUUCAUAGUAAUAUACUCUGACAUCAAGUGUGGAAAAUAUAUGAUAAGAGGAGUGAAGGUUAGACAACCAGUGGAAAUGAUAAAAGGAACAAGCAAUCAUAACUCAAGAAAAGCUACUCAUCAGAAGAAGGAAAAGAACAAUUCAACCAUGGCCGUGGAUGACAAAGGUGUGAUAACUUGUAUUUAUCAGCUUUCUCUUAUGGAUGGAAGACAUGACUAUGAUGUUUGGCUGGUUGAGAGCAUGGUGGCCAAAGGGGUUCAUAGUAAUUCACAUGGGGAUGGUGUUGUGAAUGUUAUGUACUUCCUAUGA